GAGGAUGGGACGAUCUCGAGAGACCACCAUAAUAGUCUAUUUUUAUUUUUCUGCUGGCAACCGACCACGCCGGCGAGCUGCUGGGGUAACAACCAUCUUGUCGCUAGUGCAAGGUAAGCGUCUGUCCCACAAGGAGGCGAUGAAGCGCUCGGCUGCUGCUUCUUCAUUUCUGAUUGACUGCCAACAUCAAACAGCCAAGGACUUUUAGAGGCUGGACCACGGAGACGCCACCGGCAACGUGGGCUGGCCCUGCCAAGCCGACAAGAACGACAGGACGUUUCCUGUGUGCAACUGGACAUACAAAGUGUGUGAGUUCACAAACUGUAUGUUUGCCUUCGGAGUUCCCAGCCGCGACACGUGAGAGCGGACGGACGAGAAAUGAUUGAGCAUCUUCAGUUGGUCGUUAGACUUGUGGGCAGGGACAUGGGCCCGGAACUGGACAUGCGAGAUACAUAAUUGGACGUCGGACCCAUGCGAUUGGACAAAAGUGUGUGAAUCGCUAACUGUGCAUUUUUGUCAACUGCGAGUCGCUCUUAAACGUGUGUGAUUGGACAUACGACAUGGACUCGCCUGACGUCAGUCAGGAGGACCCACCCACGGCCGGGGCUGAGAACCUCAGUUGCAAAUACGACUUUGCGGCCAACGCAGAGCGCCAUGGCUUCGAAGGCGAGACCCUUCUGGAAGACCCCAUCCGACUGCCCGGCGUGCAGGUGGUAUUGAUUGUGGCCUACACCGCCAUCAUCCUGCUGGGGCUUGUGGGUAAUUCGCUGGUCAUCUACGUCAUCUAUCGCUUCAAGACACUGCGCACCGUCACCAACUUCUUCAUCGCCAACUUGGCUGUCGCCGACCUGCUGGUGAACGUGCUGUGUCUCCCGUUCACGCUGGUCUACACGCUGCAAGGUGAGUGGCACUUUGGCGCCGCCCUCUGCUUCCUGGUGCCCUUCGCCCAAGGCCUCGCCGUCCACGUCUCCACUCUGACCCUCAACGUCAUCGCCCUGGACCGCCACAGGUGUAUCAUUCACCAUCUGGAAACCAGGAUGCGUAAGGUCACGUGCUUCUGGGUCAUCGCAGUCACGUGGUUGCUGAGCGCCGCGCUCGCCAGCCCCCUCGCCAUCUUCCGAGAGUACGGACCGGUCACGCUGACGCCGGGACACAGCAUCCAGGUGUGCAGAGAGAAGUGGCCCGGGUCCAGCACGGACGGGACGGUGUACAGCGUCUCCAUGCUGGUGCUGCAAUACUUCCUCCCGCUCUCCAUCAUCUCCUUCGCCUACGCCCGCAUUUGGUCCAAGCUGCGACGUCACGUCAGCCCAGCAGAGGGCAGGGGCGACGGAGCGUCGGCAGGUUCCGAGCGCCACCGCCGCCACUGUAAAGCGACCAAAAUGCUGGUGACCAUGGUGGUGGUGUUCGCCGUCAGUUGGCUCCCUUACCACGCCUUCCAGCUGGCCACCGACAUCAACAGCAGCGUGCUGGACAUGCCGCACUUCCGCCUGCUCUACACCCUCUUCCACGUGGUGGCCAUGUGCUCCACCUUUGCUAACCCGUUGCUCUACGGAUGGAUGAACCGCAACUACCGCGCCGCCUUCCUCGCCGCCUUCAAGCUCAGAGAUAGAGGCUGUCAGCGCAGACGCCAAGACGCCAUCCACCAGGUGGGCGUGGGGGACGGAGGGAAGACCAAGAUAGCGGAGGGGAGGCAGGAAGUUGCGUCCGCCUGCCUCAAAGCUACUGACGUGUGAACGUGACAUUUCUUUAUGGGUAAGAAAAAGCAGCUGACUUUGGGAAAACGCUCGCCAUUUCAAAUUGACGUCUUUCCGUUCUCUGAUUGGCUGGUCAGAGCAAAACACACAUGAAUAGAUGUUAUAAUCAGCACUUUGUGAGUACAAGAUGUCUAUCAAUUUUAUGUUUUGUCACGUUUUCAAAUAAAUAUUGAUUGUAAACUGA